AUGUGCUAUGAAAAUAAGCAGGUGAAUAGCCUGCGAAACAUUGCGCAACGUUAUUCUGCAUUUGUAAGGGACGCCCAAGAUAGCAACAGCAUUCAAUUACAAUCAUCCAAAACCCAAGAUGAAAAGGAGCAGACAUUAGAAUCAUUGUUAAAUCUACGGAAAGAAGAGAAUCAUAAAAACCCUGAUUUUUUAAGAGACCAGCCCAGAUAUUUCAAAAAAGUCUUCAUCUCAAAUUUAUCAUGCACUAAGAUCUUGCAACAUUCAGUAGAGGGCGGAGAUAUAGAAAUAAUGGGGAUGUUAGUGGGGACAGUAUAUGAAGAUAUAAUAAUCGUUUACGAUUGCUUUUUAUUACCCGUUGAGGGCACAGAAACAAGAGUUAACGCGCAACUUGAAUCAUACGAGUAUAUGGUCCAAUAUAUGAGUGAGAUUGUUGAUAAAAAUGCAAAGUCGUGGAAUAUAGUCGGCUGGUAUCAUUCACAUCCGGGAUAUGGUUGUUGGCUGAGUGGAACAGAUGUCCAAACUCAAGAAUUGAACCAACAGUUUCAGGAUCCGUAUGUGGCCAUUGUAGUGGAUCCAAAAAAAAGCUUACAGGAUCAAAAGUUGAACAUUGGUGCCUUUCGAACCUUGCCACGAGCAACAGAUGAUGACGUGCCAAUGGAGGGACAAAAUACCCAAAAGCGUGUAGACGACGAGAAAUAUGGAUGUCAUUCAUCCAGAUACUAUGAAUUAGAAGUGAGAAUGUUCUGUAGCAAAUAUGAUAACGCUCUGGAUCAUAUGUGCUUGCGACAAACUGUACCGCGAAUUACCUCGGAGGAGGAGCCUGUUCUUUUCGAACAGUUCUUUGAGAGCAUUCGUAAUUGGAAUAAUUUCCAAAAAAUGACGGGUACAAAUGAUUAUUUAUCGCAACUAUCCAGUUAUGCAAGACAGGAACUUGAUGAAGAAGUCGAUAGUGGAUUAGAAAUUGCUAAAGAUUCCCUAGAAUCGCAUCGUACAAGCAGAGCUAAUUCCCUGGCUAGCGGUAUCACGAUGGAAAAUGGCAGUGACGUUGAUAUGGACAACACAGAUAUAGCUGAAAAUGGUAGCGGAGGUAGCAGCAUAUCGACUGCUAUGCUUGACCGACCUUCAUUAAUUUCAGAACACGAGCUUCAAGAGGAUUUGUUAAGAAAAGAGUAUUACGUGCUUAAGAAAAAAUUGGAACUUUUAAAGCUUGAGGAAUUCGAGCGGAUCAAAUUCUACAAAGAUGCAUUCUCUUUAUAA